UAUUAGUAUUCUACAAACCAACUCCACACGUAGAAGUAGAACCAGUCAACAACCCACAACUCUCCUUUCCUCUUAUUUUCUGUUAAACAAACAAAAUGGAAAAGAAAAAUACGACCCAGUUUGCAAAAUUUCUUCCCCCUUGACCUUUCCACCUUUCCCCUCCAAAUUCCUACAACUCGGCAGCAAACAAGCAAAGCCACCAUCCCAUUCAACUGCUAUUUCCUCUCCACUUCCGAAUUCCCUCAAGAAAAAUUUCGAAACAAACAGCCCUUUAUAAAACCCCCCUCUGAUUCCCCUUUUCCCCUCUCAUCUCAUUCUCACAAUUCUCUCUCAAUUCCCUUUGGUGAGAGAGAGAGAGCCGUUCAAGAGAACACAACCCAAAUACCAGGGCGAAAAGUUGAGCAGAACCCAUUUCUCAGAUUUCGCUACUCUCUUCUUACAACCAUAAAGAUCAAUCCUUUUUUUCCAAGUGUCCGCCAUGGGUAAAUCACUUGGAGCUCUCAUCUUUACUGGGUUCCUCCUCUUCCUUUCCUUCUUCACCUCACCGUCCCAAGCCCAAACCUGCAACGGCUUGGCCUUACCAAGCAACCAAGUCUACUCAACCUGCGUAGAUCUACCAGUUCUCACCGCGUAUCUCCACUGGACAUUCCACCAAGAGAACUCCACCGCCGAUAUAGCCUUCAGAAAGACUGGAACUUCACCCACCAACUGGGUCUGUUGGGCUCUGAACCCUAGCGGAGGCCAAAUGGUUGGCUCCCAAGCUUUGGUCGCUUUCCAGCAGCCCAACGGCUCCAUGACUGCUUACACCACUUCGAUCGACUCCUUGGGCCCUUCCAUGAGGCCUGGUACCUUGAGCUUUAGAGUUUCCAACCUCAGAGCUCAGCAUAGUAAUGGGGAGACUUUGAUCUUUGCUACUUUGCAUCUGGAUGCCAAUUUGUUGUCGACCAAUCAGGUUUGGCAAGAGGGGCCCUUGACUAGUGGGGCUCCUUCCAUGCAUUCCACUACUGGGGAUAAUGUUAGGUCGAUUGGGACCAUUAAUUUCCAGACUGGUGCUGCCACUGCUGGUGGUGGUGCCAGUAACUCAAGACUCCGCAAGAGGAAUAUUCAUGGAGUUCUGAAUGCAGUGAGUUGGGGAAUUCUGAUGCCUUGUGGAGCCAUGAUAGCAAGGUACGUGAAGGUGUUCCACGUAGCAAACCCAGCAUGGUUCUACCUCCAUGUUGCCUGCCAAUUGUCUGCCUACAUCAUUGGUGUUGCUGGCUGGGGGACGGGUCUCAAACUCGGCAGUGACAGUGUUGGAAUUCAGUACAACAAGCACAGGAACAUUGGCAUCACCCUCUUCUGCUUUGGCACCCUUCAGGUAAACCUAACUAAAAAGUCUAAUCCUUUACAAAUCUUUUCUUUGUUCAACUUGUUGGAUUUGGUAUCUAGACUAGCAUAUGAGAAGAUUACGAAUGUGUCCCCUCUACCAUCAACCAUUUAUUUCAUCUUUGCCUUCCGUCCAAUCUUCUGGUAGGGUCGGUGCAUUGGUGUUGGUAUGAUAGCAGCAACUGGUUCAUGGUUUGAAUUUUCUAGCACAUGCCUGAAAAGAUGUUUGCCAUGCUGCUGAGGCCAAAGCCAGACCACAAGUACAGAGUGUACUGGAACUUCUACCAUUACGCGAUCGGGUAUGCGACCAUCGCCCUCAGCAUCACCAACAUCUACGAGGGAUUCGACAUCCUCAACCCGGAGAAGAAGUGGAAGAGCGCGUACACCGGCGUCAUCAUCUCCUUGGGGGUCACUGCUCUGGUGUGGGAAGCUGUGACAUGGCUCAUUGUCAUCAAGAAGAAGCGGGCUGUUGGGUCUGCUGAUAAGUAUGCCAAUGGUGCGAAUGGAGGAAAUGGAUAUGGUGACAGGACACAGCAGCAUGCCUAAACCCUCUUCCUUUUGAGAAUGAUUCAUUUGUUGCCCCUCCCCAUUAGUGUGUAUUUUCUUUUUUCCUUCUACUUUUUUGAAUUUUCCUUCGUCUUCUUCUCUUCUUUUCUGGGUCUGUCAUUGCGAGUUUAGUGUUUAUACACUAUAUGGUGGGAAGGGCUUGUUUUACAGGACUCGAUGGUUUGUAGAGAGCGUCUAUUCUAUUUUGGGAGAGAUUUGAUUGAUGGUUUGAGUGAUUGUACGUACUCCUAUAGUUUAGAUCUUGUCACAUAAUAUAUAGAGACCAUUUGUUUUGUAUGUGAUUCUUUCUUCUACCAUUUACCCAAGCCCCUCUUUACCAAAUAUAUAGUCUGGACUCUG